AAAAUUCAAUAUCCGCCGCCUGCAAUUGCAUAUGGGAAUUUUGACCAUUGAAUACCAUUUAUGAUGGAAAAAAUGCUACAAAUUCCCGUCAGGCCAUCCAAACGCUCUCCAUCCCAACUUCCUAUUUUUCACAUACCAACGAUCAAACACCUUGCCAGCAGAACCCCUUUCUCUCCCAUUUCUCCACCGAUUUCAAAUCUCUUUUGCUCUAAUGGCGGAUGAAAUAAUCCUCUUGGAUUGCUGGGCUAGCCCUUUUGGGAUGCGAGCUAGAAUUGCCUUGGCCGAGAAAGGGAUCGACUACGAAUACAAGGAAGAAAACCUCCCAGACAAGAGCCCUCUCCUGCUGAAAUCCAACCCCGUUCACAAGAAAAUCCCUGUUUUGAUCCAUGGUGGAAAAUCCAUCUGUGAAUCUCUCAUCAUCGUCCAAUACAUCGAUGAGGUGUGGAAGGGGAAAUCACCGGUGCUGAUGCCCGCAGAUCCUUACGACCGUGCGAAUGCGAGGUUUUGGGCAGAUUUCGUCGACAAGAAGAUCUACGACUGUGGAUCGAGGAUAUGGAAAAACAAAGGAGAGGUGCGAGAAGCAGCAAAGAAGGAAUUCAUUGAGUGCUUGAAGCUGCUGGAAGGGGAGCUUGGAGAGAAGACAUAUUUCGGGGGCGAGAGCUUUGGGUAUGUCGACGUGGCCAUUGUUUCCUUCGCAUGCUGGUUCCACACGUAUGAGGUGCAUGGGAACUUCAGCAUUGAGAACGAGUGCCCGAAGCUGAUAGCGUGGGUGAAGAGAUGCAUGGAGAAGGAGAGUGUUUCCAAGACCCUCCAAGACCCAGUCAAGGUGCAUGAGUCUCUGGAAGUAUGGAAGAAGAAAGUAGGGAUAGAGUAGGAAGUGAUGGAAGGUGGGCGAGAUAUGGUUUGGUAUAAACGUCUCGUUGCCAUUGUUAGGUGGGGAAUGCAUUGGUCUUUGUUUUGUGGCAAUGUCUCGUUGCUAUUUACUUGUUAGCUUUAUAUGUCUGUUUUGUGUUUGCCUUAUAUCAAAGAGACGUGCAAAUCAAGCAAGGAAACUGGUUUUUUUUU